AUGAGCUGGUCUCUCCGAGUAUUUGCUAUGGGAAACAACACAAUUGUUAGCGGAGAAUGCAGUAAACGAUUUGAUGAGCUGAGGUUCCUACAAGCGGAAUGGGUGCUAAAUUUUGCUAUUGAUAUAUCGAAGCUUAGAAACUUAAGCUUCUUAGAUUUUUCUUUCAAGGAAAAUGAAAUUUGGAAUAUGUCCGAGAAUUUAUCUAGUCUGCAAGUACUCAAACUUAAUAGGAGUGAGCGAAAUGAUGGGGCCAAUUUACAUGCAGCUAUGGAAUUCGGGCAUCUUAUUAAAUUAAAACAUUUGCACUUGAGAGGAUUUCAAAUUAAAGAAGUCUCAAAUUUUGUGAAGGUAUAUAGUCUGCAGAAGCUAAGAUUGUCAAAAAUACAAGGUCUGAAGGAACUUCCAUGGACAAUUGGGAAGCUCCGAUCACUUAAAGAGUUGUAUUUAGGCAGCUGUGAUGACCUAAUGCGGCUAAGAGAAGGAUUUGGCGAACUAAGCUCCCUUUCUGUGGUUGGUUUGAGUGGUUGCAAAAGUUUGCAAGAGCUCCCAUGUGAUUUCAAGAAGCUAUUGUCAUUACAGUUACUGAACUUGUCCAAUUGCCCUAAUCUCCAUCGGCUACCAGAGGGGCUUGAAAACCUUCCAUCCUUAAAAUUCAUAGAUGUUAGGGGUUGUAGUAAGUUGACUAGUCUUCCACACAGGGUUUGCGAGUUGUCUUUCUGGAAGAGUAGAAUAUCAUUUUCUGGGUGUUCAAGUUUGAUCGAUCUGCCAGAAGAAAUUUGCAAAUUCACAACGUUGACAAGUAUAUCAUUGGAGCGCUGUAGGAGCUUAAAGGUGCUUCCCAUCGGCUUCGGUCAACUCAGUUGCCUAGAAGAACUAGUCUUAGAUGAAUGUGAAUGUUUGCAAGAAUUGUGCGAUGACUUUCAUUGCUUGGCAAGUUUAAGAGGAUUAAGAAUGUGUGGAUGCAAAAGCUUAUCAAGGCUACCAGAAGGUUUCGGUAAACUUAGCUGUUUGGAAAGGUUAGAAUUAUCAGGUUGUGAUAAUAUACAGGAAUUGUGCAAUGAGUUUGGAAGCCUUGGGGCAUUGGAAGUUUUGAAAUUGUCCAGAUGCAAAACCCUGUCCAAACUUCCUGAUUGUUUCGGUCAGCUUGGACGCUUAAAAAGUUUGGAUUUAUCUAUUUGCUCUAAAUUGGAGGAGCUUUCUAGUAAUUUUCAUUGCCUGACAUCAUUAAUAGAAUUAGACCUGUCAAAUUGUGAGAGCCUGCGUGAAAAAUGGAUGGACAAAGUGGGCUCUGUUCAGAGCUUGUGGCGCCUAAGUAUUUCACGAAGUGAAAAGUUAAUUGAGCGGUGGAUGGAAAUGCAAAGGGAGAAAGAAGAUUGGCAUUUCGUGGUGCUAACAGACUCCUCUUGGGAGCAAAACUUUACUAUCAGUAUAUGUAGAAAAUACCGUGUUGAUUUUGUAAAUUCUCUCGAUACAAAAGAUACUUAUGAGUCAUGUUGCACGGCGUUUUCAGGACUGGAUAAAAUCCAGGGUGUGCUGCAGCAAGAAGAUUACAUGCCGGUGAGGCACUUGCAGGCAGGAUCUGUGCAGGGAAAAGAUUUUGAGGCAACGAUUCUCUACGGCCUGCCUGGAAUCGACCCUUGA